UUUUUUUUUUGAGAUGGAGUCUUGCUCUGUGUGCCAGGCUGGAGUACAAUGGUGUGAUCUUGGCUCACUGCAACCUCCACCUCCCAAGUUCAAGAGAUUCUUCUGCCUCAGGCUCCUGAGUAGCUGGGACUACAGGCGCAUACCACUAUGCCCAGCUGAUUUUUGUAUUUUUAGUAGAGACGGGGAUUCACCAUGUUGGCCAGGAUGGUCUCCUUCUCUUGACUUCUUGAUCCACCUGCCUCGGCCUACCAAAGUGCUGGGAUUACAGGUGUGAGCCACUGUGCCCGGCCUAUAUCUUAAAUACAUACAGACAUUAUGCAUUUAUUUAUACUUAGGUACUAAUACAACAGGUUAGCACAGUACUACCCACCCAUGUGGGGAGCCAAAUUCUAGUCUGAUAAUUGAGCAUCAAAUAUUAAUGAGUGACUUUAUUGAACACCUAGGUAUGUUUACAUUCUUAAUCUUCUGACAUUUUACAGUUGAGGAAAUUCGUGGCUUUGAGAAGUUAAAUACCUUGCCCAAGGUCAGUUGACCUCAUAGGUCACAAUUAGAGUUCAAACCUAGGCUUAGUGCAGAGCCUACCUCCUCAGGUGGGAUUCAGUACCACCAAGUAGCGCUUUCUGAACUGUGUUCUAUGAACCAAGGUAUAUUAGCAGGCAUUACUUUAAAAGGGUUUUUGGGCCAGUAAGGUUGAGAAGCAUUGCAUAUUGUAUCACCUCCUCAGAGAUUUCACAGUGUGCAUUGGUAUGUUAAAAGCUUUGAAAAAUACUAUAGAAAAGAAACUUAAGCAUUUUAGCACAUCUUUCACAAACUGACCUGCUCACUGAUCCAGUUUUUAAAGAACAUCUAGUUUUCUUUAAAGAACAUUAGUGUUCUGAGAGAAGAGAAAGCAUCGUGGACAGAUGGACCUGUCUUCAGAGGAGGAAUCUGGCUGCUGAAUUCUGCCUUGAGGCCUUCCUUGCCUGUUCACUGCAGCAUGCCAUCAUCCAACUGUGUAUAUCUUACCAUCCCUCAAGACCCGUUCAGGAUCUACCUGUUCCUCGAAGCUUUUCCUAACCACUUGAGUCCACACCUAUAUACCUGACCUCAGCCAAGUUAUUUAUGUACCUGAUUAUGACUGGUGCUAAUGCUCUUUAGCAUGUGGCUGUUUUCCCCAGUUGGUUCCUAAACUUCUCAACAGCAGGCACAGCCUACUUUUUACUACUCCCCUGUCCCCUGCUGAGUAGCCCCUGGCCUUACUGCCCUUCAGGGAGAAGUUAACGUGUUCUAGUGGUGUUUGUUUAGUUUACAAUAUGCAUUGUCUCCCUCGUGGUAAACCCUGGUGAGACCUGCAGUUCCUUCUUAAUCCUCAAACUUGAGGGGCUCAUGUAAUCAUCUUACACUGAUAACAGCACUUAUGCUCCCCAUAUCAUUAUCCACCUGAAAACAUUUCACUGAUCUUGCUUUGUUAUUUAUCAAAAAUGAUUUUUGUUUACAGUGUACUUCACAAUUACAGAAAAACUCUACUGAUAGUUAAAAUAGGUUUCCUAGAACAACCCCUGCUUGGUAGUCACCUCCAUCUUGCUACAUUGCCACACGGCCUGAUGAAUCUGCUAAGUACUCAUAUUUAGGAAUUUCUUUUAUGCAGGGAACCCAAACAUAAAUGGUUCCUUGACUCCAAUUGUGAAUCAAAUGAUUUUAAGUAUAACCCAUGUUAGAUUUCUAUUCAUAUAAAAAUAGAUAUCCAGUGUAUGAAUUAUGUUUCAGUUAUUAGAAACUCAUUUCCUAUAGAAAUAACAAAAUAGGUCCCCCAAAUCAAAUAUACUUCCAAAAACAUUUUGCAAGCAUAUAACACCAGAGUUAUGUGGUGUAUAUUAGGUGGAUAAAUUUUUCUGCAUAGGCAAGAUUGAAUGAAGUACUUUUAAAAUAUUAGUCUAAUAAAGUGUGCACUGAAACCACCACCUUUUCUUUUGUAAACUCUCUGCAGUAAUCAUGGAUAUUCUUCCCUUGCUCCAAGGGACGUCUGUGUUCAAAAUUAACUAUCUAUCUUGAACAUUUUUACUCCCUAUUCAGUGUUCACGAAUGCCUCUGGAAGUCUUUGAAUGGUACCUGCUGGGAAACAUUAUUUCUGCCACCAGUCCCAACCUUCCUUAUGGAAGUACAUGAAGGCGGAACCAUAGAUUCAAUUCUCAGUUGGUUCUGCUGACCCUGUGUGAACCUUAAGGGAUAGUAACUAGAUAUCUGGAGUUAAUGUUAAUUAAAAUACAGACUUGGUUACUACAACAGAAAUCCAAAAUGUUAGUUUUCUCUUACAUAAAUAUCCAAACUGAUAAUGGCAAUACUUCAUAGUCUUUUAUGGUGCUGUUAGGGUUACAUGCCCCUUUUCUCUUGUUACUCUCUCAUUCUUAGAGAGUUGCUUUCAUCUAUGUGGUCUGAGAUUUUACUACCAUGUCCACAGUGCAGCAGUAGGAAGGAAGGAAACAAGGAAUGUGCCUCUUCACCUGUACAUAUCACUUUCAGUAUCUUUAUUCUAGGUGGCCAUGUACAUAGCUAACCAUUGGAGGUUAGGGAAUGGGUACUAAUGAGGUAGAAGGGGAGAAAUGAUAUUGGGAGGAAUGUAGUCUUUGCUACAAGGUAAUGGUAAUAGUGUAUAAUUUUUAAAAUGAUACAGUUGUAUAAGCAAGACUCAAAAGUCACAGCUAACUUUCAUUAGUUUCACUUUCUCCUUGCCCAGAACAGUUAGCUUGGUCUUGGUAUCUACUGUAAAUCUGAUCUUACCCAAACAUAAAUUUUUUACUUUUUAUAUGACUUGGUUAACUGUUGAUUUCAAGUCUCUUUUCAGACUUGUCUCCGAAGUUCAUGUGAAUAGGGCCAGGCUUUAAGCUUUUUUAAUGCAUUCAUUAUCACCAAGCAGUGCUUUUUAACACUGGUGUUCAGUAAGUUUAUUGAACAUUGGGUUAUGGUGAUUUAUUGAAAUUCUACAUUUAUUGGUUUGCUUUGUUGUUAACAGAAUAAUGUCUCUUGUCUUUUUUCUGCCAACUGGAAUAAUCCCUACUCCCUGUAUCUGAGCUUUAUCCAUUAUUUGAAAUGUGGAGGAGGCCUGGAAUUCGCAAAGAUUUGUUACCAAAAAGUCACUAUCAAACCCUAUUGCUGUUGGCAGUCUGGAGACCAUGGAGAAGAUUAUGGAUCAUUGAAGGUUAUAAGCAAAAGUCUGUGGACUUGCAUAGCAGCAUUGGGAGGUGUCUUUUGUUACACUGGACUUUGAGGAGACAGAGAUGACUAAGAUAUAAUCUCUUUCCUCAGGAAGACAGAGAUGUCAAUGACCCCAUGCCCAACCGAGGAGGCAAUGGACUAGCUCCUGGGGAGGACAGAUUCAAACCUGUGGUACCAUGGCCUCAUGUUGAAGGAGUAGAAGUGGACUUAGAGUCUAUUAGAAGAAAAAACAAGGCCAAAAAUGAACAAGAGCACCAUGCUGGAGGAGAUUCCCAGAAAGAUAUCAUGCAGAGGCAGUAUCUCACAUUUAAGCCUCAGACAUUCACCUACCGUGAUCCUGUGCUUCGCCCAGGGAUCCUUGGUAACUUUGAACCCAAAGAACCCGAGCCUCCUGGAGUGGUUGGUGGCCCUGGAGAGAAAGCCAAGCCAUUGGUUUUGGGACCAGAAUUCAAACAUGCAGUUCAAGCCAGCAUUAAAGAGUUUGGAUUUAACAUGGUGGCAAGUGACAUGAUCUCACUGGACCGCAGCGUCAAUGACUUACGCCAAGAAGAAUGCAAGUAUUGGCAUUAUGAUGAAAACCUGCUCACUUCCAGUGUUGUCAUUGUCUUCCACAAUGAAGGAUGGUCAACCCUCAUGAGAACAGUCCACAGUGUAAUUAAAAGGACUCCAAGGAAAUAUUUAGCAGAAAUUGUGUUAAUUGAUGAUUUCAGUAAUAAAGAGCACUUAAAAGAAAAACUGGAUGAAUAUAUUAAGCUGUGGAAUGGCCUAGUGAAGGUAUUUCGAAAUGAGAGAAGGGAAGGUUUAAUUCAAGCACGAAGUAUUGGUGCUCAGAAGGCUAAACUUGGACAGGUUUUGGUAUACCUUGAUGCCCACUGUGAGGUGGCAGUUAACUGGUAUGCACCACUUGUAGCUCCCAUAUCUAAGGACAGAACUACAUGUACUGUGCCUCUAAUAGAUUACAUAGAUGGGAAUGAUUAUUCCAUUGAACCACAGCAAGGUGGGGAUGAAGAUGGUUUUGCCAGAGGGGCCUGGGACUGGAGUUUACUAUGGAAACGUAUUCCUCUAAGCCACAAGGAAAAAGCCAAAAGAAAACAUAAAACUGAACCUUAUCGGUCCCCAGCCAUGGCUGGGGGAUUAUUUGCCAUUGAACGAGAGUUCUUCUUUGAAUUGGGUCUCUACGAUCCAGGACUCCAGAUUUGGGGUGGUGAAAACUUUGAGAUCUCAUACAAGAUAUGGCAGUGUGGUGGCAAAUUAUUAUUUGUCCCUUGCUCUCGUGUCGGACAUAUCUACCGUCUUGAGGGCUGGCAAGGAAAUCCUCCACCCAUUUAUGUUGGGUCUUCUCCAACUCUGAAGAAUUAUGUUAGAGUUGUGGAGGUUUGGUGGGAUGAAUAUAAAGACUACUUCUAUGCUAGUCGUCCUGAAUCACAGGCAUUACCAUAUGGGGAUAUAUCGGAGCUGAAAAAAUUUCGAGAAGAUCACAACUGCAAAAGUUUUAAGUGGUUCAUGGAAGAAAUAGCUUAUGAUAUCACCUCACACUACCCUUUGCCACCCAAAAAUGUUGACUGGGGAGAAAUCAGAGGCUUUGAAACUGCUUACUGCAUUGAUAGCAUGGGAAAAACAAACGGAGGCUUUGUUGAGCUAGGACCCUGCCACAGAAUGGGAGGGAAUCAGCUUUUCAGAAUCAAUGAAGCAAAUCAACUCAUGCAGUAUGACCAGUGUUUGACAAAGGGGGCUGAUGGAUCAAAAAUUAUGAUUACACACUGUAAUCUAAAUGAAUUUAAGGAAUGGCAGUACUUCAAGAACCUGCACAGAUUUACUCAUAUUCCUUCAGGAAAGUGCUUAGAUCGCUCAGAGGUCCUGCAUCAAGUAUUCAUCUCCAAUUGUGACUCCAGUAAAAUGACUCAAAAAUGGGAAAUGAACAACAUCCAUAGUGUUUAGAGAGAAUAAAAGAAACCAAUAACCUACCUACUGACAAGUAAAUUUAAACAGGACUGAAAACCGCCUGAAACCUGCUGCAACUGUUAUUAACUCUGUACAGCUCCAAACCUGAAACCUCCUGAUCAGUUUCAAGGACAUUGAUAAACUGUGAUUUUACAAUAACAUUAUCAUCUGCAGUUACUGUUUACAAGACUGCUUUUACCUUAAACUUUGUAGAUGUUUACAUCUUUUUGUUUUGUUUUAAGAUGAUGUUGGUAAUUUGUGCCUUUAGCUCCGUUUUACUAGAGUUAAAGCACAUUGUCUUCUUUGGGAUUACACUCAGGGGUCUGAAAGGCAGUUUGAUUUUUAUUUUUCACACACUUGAAAAAGGUUGGAGUAGCCGGACUUUCAUAUAUAACUUGGUGAUUAUCAACCUGUUGUGUCUUUAUUUAAUUUUACAUCCUUUUCAAGCACUGCCACAGGUUAUUAGCCAAGGUGGCCUUCCUUCACAGUCAUGCUGCUUUUUUGAAAGGUGAAUUUCAACACAUUUAGUGCCUCUUUCAUUUCUCAGUAUAUAUUUCAAGAGCUUGUGAUGCAAUUUAUAGGAUGGUAAUGAUAGACUUGUCACCUGUAUGGGGAAUAUUUUUACUACUCAGAAAUGAAUUUAUGUGCUGCCAUUUGCCAUAAGGUUAGAUGUUGUAUGGCUUGAAAAAGAAAUGACAAUAUGGAACAUCCCAAGGCUUUCCCAUAGGGUUGGAAGUUGUGUGGAAUUUGCUUCCUUACAUACUGGCAUUCCCAGUGCCCUCUGUCCAUACCUACUUCUAGGAUUGCAAAGGAGUCUUCCAACUAGAGAAAAAUUGUCCACCAACAUUUGGGAUUUAUCUUCUCUAAUACCUGUCACUAUAGAAAACUAUUAUCAGUUUUAUUGUUACCCCCCGAAAGAGAGGGUAACAAAAUCAACAAAACACCACCAUAAACAUGUCAAAGGUUCUUUUUGACUGAGGUAAGACCUUCCAAGCCCUUGUUGGAUUAGGCCUUAUAAAGCUUGUGUGCAUCGUAACCUAAGUUGUGCAACCUGUGAAGCCAAGAGUGAAUUGACGUUUCAUUGAUAUUUUCAUCCAAAUGACAUUAUCUGCAUGUUUUUUAAAUUUGAAAAACAAAGGAGUAUUUAAAAACAGUUCAUUAACAAAUGUGAACUACUUUCUGUUAGAUUGGAUUUUCCCUAGUGUUUCUUAAUUUCUUUUUAGGAAGUGUAUUUUUUUUAGUAUUUUUCCAGUAAACAGAAGAUUUGUUUGGAUUUAAACAUUUACUAAGACAGUACCUAUUAGGAAAACCAAAUAUUCCAAAUGGUCAAUUCAAUUUUAAUUUCUCAAAAGAUACUGUUACUGCUCAAAAGAUUAAAAUUGCCUACAUUGAGUGCUAAAAAAAACUAUGAUGAGGUGAGCUGAAUGGCAAGUUAAGCAUUUUUGAUCCUAUAAUCGUGAAAUCAUUACAAUGAAAGGAAUUCACAAACUACUGCCAGAAGUUUCUUUUUUAAUUUAAGAGGAAAAUAUAACCUAUGAAUUUGUUUGUUCCAAGCUUAGCUCUUAAAUUUGGAGAGUCAAAGUUAAACAUCCUCAACAGAGUUUUAUUUAAAAUUUUGAAUUGUCAAUUUGUAUUUUGCUACUGAUCUGUGAUCAACCAUUUUAACUUUCAUCUCUAGGGAUGUUUAACAUUUAUAAUUGCAAAAUAAAUCAACUCUAAAAAAAGGAACUAAGAGAGAAUUGGUACUUUAAUUACUUGCGUGUUUGCAAAUAGGCUCCAUUUUCCAUGUUGAGUAGAUUAUAACCUUAUUAACUAUGCAUAGGCCUAAGAAAGGUGGCAAUGAACUGUGCAUGUAAAUUUUAAAUGGGUAUUUUGUGCAAUUCAUUAAAAGAAAAUACUCUUAUGAAUAUGAUUCUAUAUAUUGAAAUCAGAAACCUUACCAAACAAAAACAUCAGAAGCUGCUGCCAUAAUGACUAUUUUCUACUGUAGGCUGCUUUGGAAAUAAUUCCCAUAUCCUUGCUUUGUAAGUUGAUAAUAUCACUAUGCAUUUCUACACAUUUUAUAAAUUUGAUUUAUGCAGAUUUUGAUACACUGUAUGUUUCUGUAGAAAUUGUAUAAAUAUUCAAACUUUUAUUAGGGUAAAUUUGAGAAACUUAUGUAUAUCUUAAUUCUGGGUUGCUUGUUUUUUAGGUGAGAAAAAAUAAAAUAUUGUAUUUUAAUUCA